AACGACUCCUGGAAGUACUUUGAUCAUUCCUCCUGUCUAACUUUGUUACUUUCUCCCACACAACCACUACAAUCACAGUCAUGGCAGUCGGCCAACUCAAAUCAUUGAUCGGAUCUAUCCGAAGGAAGCCAUCCACCGCUCCGGACCGCAAGACUGAUGUCGAGGCGGAUCUAAAGCCCAUGAACGAGAAGACUUCCCUCAUCCAUGAUCUCACACACAUGAAGGUGAAGGACAUGAGAACUGUCGCACAAGGCUUGACGACGAUUGCAUCUGGCGAGCCCAUGGAUGACAAGGAUCUACUACUCGAGCAUGGUGUUGCUGCACUACAGACUGCGCCGCCGAACAGUGGAAUGUCCUCAAUGGUUUCGGAAGGUUUUAUCAAGAUGCUGUACAAUGACCUGCCUCAUCCACCAGUGACACUGGCUGGACCUACGGCAAGAUAUAGACGACACGAUGGAGGCAACAACAACCCAUGGAAUCCGGAGAUGGGCAAAGCUGGAACACCAUACAGUCGAAGCGUUCCUCCCAUGAGACCGAAAGGUCCCAAUCUUCCCGACCCAGAGCUUGUUUACGAGCAGCUGCUCAAGCGAAAGGGUCCAUUCCGUGAGCACCCCUCUGGUCUCAACAGACUUUUCUUCUCCUUUGCCACAAUCGUCAUCCACGAGUGUUUUCAAACUUCUCGAACGGACUCUUGGAUCAACGAGACCUCGAGUUACGUUGAUCUGAGCACUCUAUACGGAAACACAGAAGUGGAGCAGAAACGAGUCCGCACAUACAAAAAUGGACUCAUCUACGCAGACUCGAUCGCUUCUGAAAGAAUCAUGAUGAUGCCUCCUGGCGUCAUCGCAGUCUUGAUAAUGUUUUCGAGAAAUCACAACAGCAUUGCCCAUUCACUAUUCUCCAUCAACGAGGAGGGCAAGUACAAAGACUGGGAUACUUUGGAUGAGAAGCAGAGGAUAGCGCAAGACGAGGACAUCUUCCAGCUUUCUCGCAACAUCAAUGUGGGCUUCUUCGCGACUGUCGUCCUGAAAGAUUAUGUUGCAGCCAUCUUGAACACACCAAGGGCCAACUCGGAAUGGUCUCUGGAUCUAGGAGCUGAGAUCAAGCAAGCUGGCACACGAGUCGAACGCGGUACCGGUAAUGUCGUCUCUGUUGAGUUUGCCGUGCUCUACCAUUGGCAUGCUGCACUCAGCGCCGCUGAUGCCAAGUGGAUGGAAGACCUGCUGAGAGACAACCUUCCUGAGCUCGGCUCAAUAGAUGACGUGACCCCUGACAUGUUCAAGAAGGUUCUCAUGACGGAGGGUCAUAAGCUAAAGGACUCUCUUCCUAGAGAUUGGACAUUCGGUGGUCUUAAGAGGAAAGCCGAUGGAAUGUUCGACGAUGUUGAUCUUGCUGAAAUCAUCAAAGAUUGCAUUGAGUCUCCAGCGCAUGCUUUUGGUGCGCACGGUACACCUGCUAGCUUGAAGAUCGUUGACAUCAUGGGAAUGCUCCAAGCUCGAGACAAGUUCCAAGUUUGCACAAUGAACGAGUUCCGUCGCUACCUGAACUUGAAGGCAUACAACAGCUUCGAAGAGUGGAACCCGGACAAGGAAACUGCCAGAGCUGCUGAACUUCUUUACGGUCACAUCGACAACCUCGAGCUCUAUCCGGGUCUCAUGGCAGAGGUCACGAAGCCUCCUAUGCCUGGCAGCGGUGUCUGUCCAGGUCAGACGACUGGUCGCGGUAUUCUUGAUGACGCUGUCGCUUUGGUUCGAGGAGACCGAUUCCUGUCUUAUGACUUUAACAGUUCUACCUUGACGAAUUGGGGUGUUACCAAGCUCAGCACUUCUCCACCAGGUGCUUACGGAGGUAUGCUGCCCCAAUUGCUCCUUUCUGGGCUGCCUAAUGCCUUCACUGGAACGUCUGCCUAUGCUCUGCUGCCAUUCUAUACACCCAAGGCUGCGGCAGGCAUCCUCAAGGGCAACGGUGUGAUUGAUCAAUACGACCUCACGAGACCUCGAAGUGACAGAGGUGUCGUUGCCAUUCACACACAAGAGGGCUGUAAAAAGGUAUUCGAAGAUCGUGAAAACUUCCGUGUCAUGUACCAAGCCGCCAUUAGGAAUUGUACAGACGGUCACGACUUCAUGAUUGGAUGGGAUCAAGCAAAGAAACACGACGACAGAUCCAAGAUUUUGCACAAGGUUUUCUUCGAAGACAACUUCGAGGCGAACGUCACCAAAUUCUUCCGAACUAAUGUUGCGCAACUCAUCGUGAAGAGCUCGCUGAAGUAUCAAGGCACUAGGCGCUCCAUUGAUAUCGUGCGAGACGUCACCAAUGUCACGCCUAUUCUUUGGCUGGCCGAAAGAUUCGCCAUUCCUCUGAAGACAGAGAAGAACCCUCGCGGCAUGUUGUCGAUUCCCGAGCUCUUCGGAAUCUACCUGGUUCUCUUCAUGUACCAGAGCUUCAACAUCCUACCACUCAACGAGACGAAAUUGAGAGAUGGUUCCAUGAAAGUCGCUCCAGUCUUACGCAAGAUCUUGACAACGCAUCUUCAAACCCAGCAAGGUGUCAAGGAAGCUGUUGUCGAUUGGCUCGCAAAGGGCUCAGCAUACGAAGUUGGUCCAGAUGCGGAUCGCAUUUACCAUGCCUUGAACGACACCAAGCUGCCGAUCGGUGACUUGGUCGGUGAUUGCAUUGGUAUGGGCGCACCUGUUGCUGGAAACAUUACUCAGCAAGCAUCGCUGCUCAUCGAUCUGUUCCUCAGCCCUGGCUACGGGGUCUACAAGGAACGUAUCAUCGAGCUCGCUCACAAAGAUGACUCGGCAUCUGAGCGCGAACUUCAAGGCUUCGUCUACGAAGGUAUGCGUCAUGCAGGCGUAGUCCCUGGCCUGCCUCGCGUCGCAUCUCAAGACGUCACCAUCAACGACGGCACCCGCGGUCCCAUCCACGUAAAAGCCAACCAAACCGUUCUCAUUGCCACUUCAAAAGCAUCCAUGGACCCCGUCGCUUUUCCCAACCCAGAAAAACUGGAUCCUCACCGUCCCUUCAGCUCUUACAUUCUCCUCGGCCAUGGACUGCAUUUCUGCUUCGGUGCGAGAUUGGUUGGUGUGUCGCUGGCUGCUACACUGAAGGAAGUGUUCAAGCUCAAGAAUUUACGCCGUGCGCAGGGUCGUGCUGGUCAUUUCUCGAUUGUUGAGCAUGAAGUCGCUGGUGUAAAGAUGAGACAAUACCUUGAUGACACCUCGAAGGAGUCGCCUAUUCCGAUGACGCUCGUUCUCGAAUACGACGAGUAAUGAGGAAUUAGAUGCAUGUUAUAUAGUAGACACACACUGAUACAAAUCUCGUGACGAAAAACGAUAACAUUUGACUAGAAGAAUGAGCUGUUCUCCCAGCUCGCCUCGUCUCGUCCUAGUCCUAUUUCUAGUCCCGUUGCCCGAUCCUGGGGCGCAGCGGUCGCUGUUCCGUUGAGCUGCAGCCUUGAGGCCACCACAUACAAUGACCUCGAUGUGCGCUCGAAUUCUUGUUUGCCAACUUAUAGCAAUAAUAGUUGGUUGCGGAAAGACAACUCU